UUUACACGAUAUUCUAAUUUUCCAAGUUUCACCUGUAAAAAUGAUCAUCCAAAUUGAAAAACUUACAUUCUCUGCCCAGGAGUCAAAUAAUGUAGGAUUUAAAAUGUUACUAUCAUGACAUUUUAAUCAUUGUCUGGAUUGUUAAGUGCCAUUUCCCCCUACCCCACACCACCACCACUAUUGGAUUAAAAUUGUAAGAACAGAGCCCAGGAUAGGAUCAUUCACUCUCCCCAAACUGGAUUGUUCAUCUGAAUUUGUUUUCCAAAUCAAAAAACCACAGAUAUCCUAAUUGCAUGUUUAAAAGUCUCAUCUGAACUGCCCCUGUGUGAGUUUUGUAGAGUCAGAGGAAGGGUCCAAGCUAGACAUUUGGAAGUGCAUUGUGGCUGUCAACUCACAUCCUUUCCUUCCGUGCAUCUCCCUACUAGCGAUAAGUGGAAGAAGAUGAGUGUGGUGAUAUCAUGUCAUGCAUUUCUCUGCUCUUCAUCUAAGCAGCAGCCAAUGACACGGGGCAGAGGGUGCGAAAACACUGAGUGUGAUGAUGUUGCACAUCACAUGUCUUAUUUCAUUGGAUGUUACUGACGGAUGCUGGUUGGUGCCUUCCAGCUUAGACCUGUGUCUUGCCUUUACGUAACUUGCUUUUGCUGACAUGGCUGCACUCCCCAAAGAAUGGCAAUUCCCAGAAAAUGCCCUAAAUCCGCUGCCAGCUGUUCUUGGUGCUUGCACAGAACUCAAAUCCAUGCAGUUUCUUAGGUUCUUGGAAGAAUUUCACUGUCCAAUUUCAUAAUGAAAGCCAUCAUCAGCGGUUGUCAGUAACCUUUUCCUGUGUGCUUUGUAAAGAGAAUAAAAAUACCACCUGGACAUUGAAUGGCAAGGAUGCUGGACACGCAGAUAUCCAGAAGAGAAGGAAUGGCAUAACUAUAAAAUCCCUUUCCAGCCGAUUUUAUGGUCUCUGGAAGUGUAGUAGUCAGGCUUGCCCUGGACAAUUUCAUAGCUACUGUUUGGAAAACACUCGAAGCAUGUCAAGGAAGGAAGGGCACAAAGAGAUCACAAGGACACCUAACACAACAUCAUCAGCUGGAAAUACAGUUCACCCACAUACGAUCGGGGCCUGUGUUGCUGUUCUUCUCGGCUUCCUCUUGCUGGGUGCUGUCGUUUUCAUCAUCUGCAGGAGGCGUCGAUCACGUCGCACCAGUGCGACAACAAGGGAACCAGCUACAGAUGGGAGCAAGCAGCCAACUGUAGUAGAAGGAUCCCCGAACAGAAGAGACACAGAGGAUCCUGGGCUUGAUGAUCAUAGCUCUAUAGAGGGAGCAGAAGGAAUGCAGUACUCCACUCUGGAAUUCAAGAAGAGUGGAGAGCACUCAUUCAGUGAAGCGCCUGCCGUCAUAUAUGCUGAAAUACCCACAAGCAAAUGAUCCAGAUGAAGACUGGCUAAUUUGAUUUGUUCAAGAGGCUGACAUACAUCUCACGGACAGAAUGCAAAAACAAUUCCUCCUAAGAACUAAUGGAUUACUACAAAUGGUUUAAUUGCUUGGGAAUUGGAGUAAACCCCAUAUUCCAUCAAUCGCUCAAAUGUUAGUUUGUGAGUGGUAUCUAGCAGGAAGAGUUACACCAAUGAGUUUUAUUGGAGUCAGUAAAGGCAGACAGGAGGGAGAUGGGUUUGAAAG